GGGAUUUCCUUCUCAGAAUGCAGAUCCGUUUUCAUUAACUUUCAUUAAUCAGCGUUUAGAAGGGCAGGCUCCUUGGAUUCUGAUGGUCUGAGAAGCAUUGUGAGUAACUUUCUAUUUGCUGGAUAUCUGGGGAUUAGCACACUCCCAGGGAGUUUGGCUCAGAAGCAGCUCUCUGGGAGCUUGCACCGAAUUCAGCCCCUUGAAGAGAACACCCCAGGCUCAGUGCACCAGUGACUGCACCCCACAGCCAAGGGUCUCCCCCAGCCCUACUAUCCUGACCAAGGUCUCUUCUCCAAACUGCUUCCUUCUCAUCGUUACCUCCCAGAACAAGAUGGGAGUCACAGCCAUGCUCAUGCUGCCCCUGCUGCUUUUGGCAAUCAGCGGCCUGCUCUUCAUCUACCAGGAGGUGUCCAGACUGUGGUCCAAGUCAGCCGUGCAGAACAAAGUGGUGGUGAUCACUGAUGCCAUCUCAGGCCUGGGCAAAGAGUGUGCACGGGUGUUCCACAAAGGUGGAGCAAGGUUAGUGCUCUGUGGAAGAAACUGGGAGAGACUAGAGAGCCUGCGUGAUGCUUUAACCAGUGCGGCUGAUCCUAGCAAGACAUUCACCCCAAAGUUGGUGCUCUUGGAUCUCUCAGACAUCAGCUGUGUUCAAGACGUGGCAAAAGAAGUCCUGGAUUGUUACGGCUGCGUGGACAUCCUCAUCAACAACGCGAGCAUGAAGAUGAAAGGGCCUGCUCACAAGAUUACUCUGGAGUUUGACAAAAAGAUCAUGGAUGCCAAUUACUUUGGGCCUAUCACAUUAACCAAAGUUCUGCUUCCCAACAUGAUCUCCAGGAGGACAGGCCAGAUUGUACUAGUGAAUAACAUCCAAGGGAAGAUUGGAAUUCCAUUUCGGACAGCUUACGCUGCAUCCAAGCACGCUGUGCUCGGCUUCUUUGACUGCCUCCGAGCUGAAGUGGAGGAAUAUGACGUUGUGGUCAGCACAGUGAGCCCCACCUUCAUCCAGUCACACCACGGUCAGCCAAGCCAACGAAAGUGGGAAAACUCCAUUUGGAAAUUCUUUUUCAGGAAGCUGACCUACGGGCUGCACCCCGCGCAGGUGGCUGAGGAGGUGAUGAGCACCGUGAGACGCAAGAAGCAGGAAGUCUUCAUAGCUAACCCCAUCCCCAAGAUGGCCAUUUAUAUCCGCACCUUCUUCCCAGAAUUCUUUUUUGCUGUGGUGGCAUGUGGGGUGAAGGAGAAACUCAGUGUUCCAGAGGAGGGUUAAAGGUGAGAGGUCAAGUGGGUCCCGCACCACCCCCCACCGCACCACCCCCCACCGCCCCACUGCAAAUAAAGCUCUUCCUGUCUUU